AUGGAGGCUAUGGACGGCGCUGCGCGUUGUCUCGAGGCAUUGCGAUUGCAGGGACGCAUAUGUAACUGUCGCCCCCUCGAGUUUAAUACACGUCUGCUCGAAGUCGCCACUUCCGUUGGCUCUAAGAUGUUGGUGCGUCGUGUGCGUUUGCGUUUAGCCGAUAUAUAUACAGCUUUGGGAGAUAACAACGCCGCUGCCAAGUUGAAACGAACAGCUGCCACGUAUGUGGCGCCUACUUGUGCGCGCUGCAGAGAGCCGCUGGCGGAAACAGCUGAACCACUCGCAGCAUUACCAUGCGCUCACAUAGUACAUCACGCGUAAGUUAUCAGCCCUUUUACGUCCCCACUGCUGGAACUCAGCCUUCUUUAUGGAUGGUUAAGGAGGAUAAGCCAUAACCAUUCAUGCAGGCCCAAUGAGGAUUUUAGGGUAUUAACGACUGCACAUGCAGCCGGGACCAAUGGCCUAACAUGUCUUCCGAAGCACGAGAUAAUAUUUUUUGGUCACCCAUCCCGUGACAAACCCUUGCGAGAAGUUGCUUAACAACAACGAUCGCGGGCCGCGGCGCUUAUCCACUACGCCACAGAGCUACUGCAAGUUGUGAAAACAUAUUUUUAUAUUCCACUGUUAAACUUUAAUAUAUGAGAUAAAUACGCAAAUUUGGUCUCAAUUGACUGCAUCUUCGUUAGAUGCUUCGAGACGAACAUGAUUGCUAACGAUGAAUUAAGCCAGUGGAACACAUCUCAUAACAGUAAAUUGGAAAUUGAAUUAAUCAAGAAUAUGAAAAGCUAG